CCAUAUGUUUGCUCCAUCCUCUUGCUCUCGCUUCAUUUCAGCAUUCUCUCUGAGAAAGGGAUGAGGCUGUAGUUCUGCUUUCCACUGACUAACAGCAGAGAAACAUUUCAUUUAUUUUCUUUCAGUGUUCUUAGUACUAAAUAUAGGGAUCUUCAGAAGAUGGAUCGUGCUUUGUAAACUUUUAAAUUGAAUGGUUCUUGUAAAGGUUCCUCCCUUUGGCACAACCUAUGCUCUGUGGAUUUGCUCUUUUCUCAUCAUCGUUCUGAAGUACAAGCCUCGGACCUCUCUCUUCAAAAGAAGACCUUGAGUUAACGUCGUGCGGUACAAAUGCAGAGGAUAUGGAUUUUCAUCAUUUGUGGCACAAUUUCAUGUGGCCUGACAGUUGAGUCUUUGCAUGAUGGCAAAGUGUUCUCAAAAACCUCUUCUGAGACACCUGACGUGGAAAUAGCCAUCCCUCCUCCAUCAGGGAUCGAUACAAGAACGAGGUUAUGGGACAAAGUUGUUACUGGCGAGAGCGAGGACGUGCAGCCCCACAUGGAUGUAGAGAGUGAAGUGGACUCCAGACAGGUGGAGGCUGCUAGAGGAAAGAGAAGCGCCGGGGGCAACAGAAAACAUGCAACGACAGUAGAGUCCAUCGCAUACAGAAUAGCAGGGUGGGGUCAAGCUCUGAUGGGUUGGGGAAAGCGUGGAAAAGCAGAGAUGGAAGGCAACACGCUCAUGGCUGCACUCAAGGAACUUCAUACAGAGAAGAGACGGUUGAUGGAUCAUGGGAAGACGCAAGUGAAAGAAGAAGAAGAAGAAGAAGAAGAUGAUGAUGAGGAUGAUGAUGAUGAUGAUGAUGACGAUGAUGACGAUGAUGAGGAUGAAGAUGAGGAUGAAGAAGAGGAGGAAGAAGAAGAGGAGGAGGAAGAGGAGGUGGAAGGAGAAGGGGAAGGGGGAGGAGAAGGUGAAGGGGAGGAGGAAGAAGAAGAAGAAGAGGAGGAGGAGGAGGAGGAGGAAGCAACCGAGGCUCCGAGCAAUCAAACAGAAACAGACUCCAACUUUACAACGUCUUUUCCUGGGUGUCGGAUUGAUGACGAAGAAAUUCGCUGCAGGGGCGUCGGCCUGACACACCUGCCCGUCUUCCAGAACGAGGAUGCCACAACACUGGAUGUGGCAGAGAACAACAUCAGAAUCAUCUCUCCACAAGCUUUUGUCGGCCUGCCCGACCUGGAGUACCUGGACCUGAGCCAGAACCAACUGGAUGAUGAGUCAUUCAUCCAAAACCCUUUGUUGAACUUGACCUCUCUGAAGAAACUGAACCUAAACGGCAACCAGAUCACCAGGAUCCCGGCGUUACCACAGUCUCUGGAGGAGCUCAAUAUCACCCACAACAGGCUUAGUGCACUCCCUCCUGAAAGCUUCAAAGGCUUGAUAAACCUGCUGAAGCUGGAUCUGCAGGGGAAUGAACUUCAUGAAGUCAGCGUUUCACCUCUAGCCUUCAAACCACUGCGGAAGCUUGAGGACCUGCAGCUGAACAACAACCGAUUCCGUUCCCUCCCUCUGGGCCUUCCUCCCUCUCUUCAGGUGCUACAAAUGAAAGGAAAUGGGAUGGAGAUAGUGACAGAGGAGCCACUGAGGCAGAGCAAGCAUUUACGAAUGCUGGACCUGAGUCACAACCAGCUACACGAGCAGGCCAUUUAUACCCACGCCUGGAUCCAUCUAAAGGCUCUGGAAACCUUGGACCUGUCCCACAACUGGUUCACCUCCGUUCCAACGACUCUGCCUCGUAGUCUCCGUAAGCUCGUCCUGGAGCACAACAAAAUCAGUUACGUCCCCACAUUCGCCUUCCGCCACCUGCGGCCUGGCCUGCAGUCCCUCCAUCUCUCCCACAAUAGAGUAGGCAAUGACGGCAUAGGACGGACAGCUCUUGUUGGAACUUACCGCUCGCUGACAGAGCUCCUGCUGGACAACAAUCACCUGGCUGAGAUUCCUCAAAUCCUCAGGCAGUUCAAGAACCUGGAGAUGCUGAGGCUGGACCACAAUCACAUCAGGCAGGUGAGGCAGUGGGGAGUGUGUCAUCCCCGAAAUUCUGGCUCCAGCUUGACUUCAGUGCAUCUGGAAAACAAUCUCCUGGAACCCGAAGCAAUUUCUCCAAAGGCCUUCUCCUGUGUCGCCGAUGCACAAGGAGUAGUCCUCUAUCCACAACAGGACAGGCAUAUAUGAACUGACAGAUGAACACAAUGUGCUGUGCACGGGCGUGUCGCCAUUACAGCUGCACAAGUUUGGUCUCCCUUUGCAUCUUUAUAAUCACUCUUGAGUCUGAGUUUGUUGAAAAGUAGCUUAAUCGUGCUUGCUCAGUCAGUCAGAGCUUUCAUUUUCUGUCCCCCAAACCCAGUCUUUUUCUUUGACUUGUCAUCUUUGAGUUGGAAAAUGCCUGUAAUAUUUUAAUAUGCAAUAAAGCAAAUACAGUAUGUCAUC